ACCAUCUUGAAAUACGUUACGAUUCAAGUUUAUGAAUUUUUACUAACAGUUUUAAGAAAAAAAAAUGAAUCAAACACCAGUUCGCAAUAAGCUCUUGCUGAAAACAAGAUCACUCACCAUUCCACCAUCACCGCAAAUGCAAAAGUUGGGAUACGGAACAGGUGUAACUGUUUAUAAACUUGAUCGUGAGCAAAACGGAUCACCAUGGGUUCUUAAAAAGGUUUCGCGAAAAGGUCCCAGACACGAAGAAAUGUCCAUGCGCCUCAAGAUUGAAGCAUCAAUUCUUAAAACCUUAAACCAUCCAAACAUAGUUGGCUUUCGAGCUCUACUUCAAGAAAGUGAUGGAAGAAAAUGCAUUGCAAUGGAGGACUGCACUAUAUCUCUAGGAGAUUUGAUUGAAAAAAGAGUCUAUGACGAUGAAAUUCAUUCACCUUUUCCAGCUGACAAAAUUGAGAAAGUCCUCAAAGAUGUAGCUGAAGGUUUAAAUUAUUUGCACAAUGAAGCACUUGUACUCCACUGUGACAUCAAAUCGUACAACAUCUUGGUUAAAAAUGAGUUUCAAAUAUGUAAGAUAUGUGAUUUUGGCGUGAGUAUGCCUUUGAAGAAGGAUGGCACCCUAGAUUAUUCCAAAACUGGUGAUGAAGCUGAAUUUGUAGGCACUGACCCAUGGUGUGCACCUGAAAUAUUGCAAGAGGGGCAGGUUAUCACAGUCAAGGCAGAUAUAUUUGCAUAUGGGUUGUGUUUAUGGGAAAUGAUUGCCUUAAAAACACCUUAUGUAACUUCUGAUGAUGAUUCACAAUUGAAUGAUAGUAAAUAUGAAGAUGAUAGUGAGGAAGAUGAGGUUGAGGAAGAACUUUUAAGUGUGAGAAAAAGACCAAAGGUGCCUUGUGAGUACCUAGAUGACACUUAUUUACCAAUUCUUCAGAUUUAUUACUUAUGCACUGAGCAGGACUAUAAAAAACGUCCAAAUUCUAAAGAUUUAUGUAAAAUUAUAAAGGAACUGACUUUUGAAGAGAAAUAAUUUAAGUCAACCAAAGAUACUUGCAAGGAUAACAAUAACCAGCAAUAAUAGAAAGAUUCCGAUGCAAAUUUUAAUCUAAAAAUUUAAUAUUAGAAAUCAACAUUAUUUUUAAAUUGUUUUAUUACUUACGAUCAGUCCGCGUUUUUUAUUCUUCUUUGCUUUCUGCAACUCAUCAACUGCUUUGUCAAUAUGGUCUGUUGCUUGAACCGCGAAAAACUCGACUCUGUUUAAACUAUCUUGUUGUAAUUCAACCAGAGUCGCUAAAUUAACGAAUAAAUCACGAAUCUCCACCAAGUGCUCUUCGAUAGUGACUAAUUGUUCAUGGCGCGCUUCAAGAUUUGCUAAUUGACUUCGUGCUUCUAGUUCAUUUUGAAUGUACUGCAAAAACAAACGAAAAUACCAAAUUUAUUUUAUUUAUUAUAUAAAGCAUAUAAAAUAAAUUGUGAACUUACAUCCUGUGUAAAAAUGUGCGGGUUUUCUUCAAUCAACUGAUUAAGUUGUGAAUCAUCGAGUUCGUCGUGAUUGACUAUUUGAUGACAUUUCGCAAUGAAAUUUUUCUCGCUCUGGCAAAUCUGUUGCGCCCACGCCUGGUGCUCGCCGGCGACGAUUUUGAAUCGUUCGACUAACCCAGUGUACUGCACAAGUUUCAUGCGAUAUUCGGCGCAAGUUUUAUUCUCAGACGAUUUUAAAUUCAAGUUAUUCUCUUUUAACGAUUUUGCGAUUAAAUGCGCAAGACUUUCGGAUUCUUUAAAUACAUCUUUUAAUUUCUUACUUAUUCCUAAAAUGUGAACACUUUAAUAAAUGUAUAUUUUUGAA